AUGGCAACUGGGAUCGAAAUGGCGGGCCCUGUGGGCUUAUUCACUGCGCUGCGCCUAGGUCAGGCAGGAGUAAAGGUUGUGGUUAUUGAAAAAGACCCCGCUGUGCUCCAGCUGCCUCGAUCUUGCGGCUACUACCCCGUGAUUCAGUUCGCUUUCCAAGAAGCCGGCAUUUACAACACUAUUAUCCAGCAUGGCGGGUUUCGUACGACAGGCAUGGACUGGCGCAGGAAUCCCAGCGACGACGGCAUGGGCGGCAAGAAGGCUGGUGAGCUGGUCGGUGGCAUGCCCCAGGAAGAGAAGCUCGACGUAUAUGGACCCCCAGGUAAUGGCACGCUGAACAUGCCGCAGCCCAAGCUCUGCCAAAUCCUGUUGGACGAGGCAAUGAAGCAGGAAACUGUCAGCAUUUGCUUCAAUACGGAGCUUGUGGCAAUCUACAAUGAAGAAGGGGACGAGUUUGUGAAGGCCGAGACCAAGGACGUCACCACUGGAGACAAGAAAAUCUUCGCCGGUCGUUACCUCGUUGGCGCUGACGGAGGAAAGUCAAAGACAAGAAGGCUCCUCGGAAUACCUUUUAGCGGACAUACCUGGCCCGAGAAACUGCUGGCGACUGAUGUUUGGCUUAUGAACUACGAAGAGAGCCCUAUUACGACAACCUACCUGCUUGAUCCUGUGCAUUAUACCGUUAUCACACCACUGACGCGACCAGUAACUGGGGAGAAGUCCAUGUGGAGAAUUGCCUUUGCCCUGGCUCCGGACGAUACCAGAAAUGAUGAGGAGCUCCUGUCCGACGAACACAUAUAUUCUCACUACGACAGAAUCUGGCCAGGACCCAGGCCACUGCCGUUCCAGACUGAGAAUCGCACGACAUACGUUAUUCACCAACGCCUUGCUGCGACAAUGAAGCGCGGCAGGUGUCUUUUGGCCGGAGAUGCAGCGCAUCUUGUCAACCCAAUGGGUGCACUAGGUCUGAACACUGGCUUCCUCGAUGCCAUCGCGCUGAGCGACGCGCUCAAGAUGAUCUUGAAGGAAGGCAAGCCGGCAGACCGCGUUCUGCAAACUUACUCGAAUGAGCGCCGCAAGGUUGUGCAGGACUUUGUCGGCCCGACUUCCACGUAUAAUAAGCUCCGGCUACACUCCAUCAACAUCGAGACUGCCGCCCAGGAUGACUGGUUCUUCCGCUCGCUGCAGGAUUACUCGUCUGAGGACUUUAGGAGAUAUUGGGGUCGCCUUGACCAGAUGUGGCCUACCGACAUGAGAGCACUGGUCGAGAAGAGCGUAUAG